GGUAUUCAUCAUCCCUACCUCAGGUGUUGCCAUCGGUGAAGUAAAAUGCUAUUUUUUGUUAAUAUGUUGCUUACUUCUAUACAUCUCCACCAGUUCUCCUCUUGACAGAUAUGUAAAUCAAAGCCUUCCUGCGCUUAUUGGUUCUCUCACCAACACAUUAACCUAGAUUCAAGUGCCAUCGUUUUACGGACAUGGAGAACGUCCGAUGGCCCCUCUACCUGAGUUUAGGUAUGGCCACUCUGGAUGACUUUCUCAUCGCUUCUUCAUUGUGUUACCUCCUUGCCACUUCCAAGACGGGGUUCACUAAAACGGAUAUGACACUGCGGGCGCUCGUAAGAUACAUCAUCCACACAGGAUGCUUGACGAGUAUUUGCUCGAUAGCGUGUAUCGUCGCACUUGCAGUAAUGCCAGACAACUUCAUCUACCUCGGAUUCGAGUUUCUACUGUCCAAAUUAUAUGUGAACUCCUAUUUCGCCUUGCUGAACGCGCGUUAUUACUAUGAUGGAAGCGCACGCACUUCACAAAGCCGACUCCCGCAUGUCUAUCGCCCAGAUUUACAUAGCAACACUUCGGAGGAUGGAUUUCCCCGAACCUUCAAAGCGGACAAGUUCCAUUCAGACGGGAUGUGUUCAUUCCAUUGCAACCAUAGAGAUGGAGUUAUAAACCAUGAGGUCACGUCAGUCUAACGGCACCUCUCGCGAGCUUGGUUAUUGGUAGACCAGAUUUCUGAAU